AUGGAGCGCCACCCCUCGCGCUUCAUAGGAUGCCUGCUAGCCGACCCCCGGCCAGACGGCGGCGGCGCGGCCGAGGUGGAGCGCCUGCACCGGCAGCACGGGUUCAGGGCGGUGCGCUUCAACCCUUACCUCUGGCCAGAGGGCGAGAAGAUGACCAACGAGGUCGGACGGGCCAUGUACCAGGCAGCCGGUGACCUGGGCAUGCCCGUCUGCCACAUGCCGUUCAAGGGGCUCCUCGGCCACAUAGACGAGAUCGAGGACCUCGCAACCUCGUACCCUCGUACGCCCGUGAUCAUCGACCACUUUGGGUUCUGCAAGGGCGGGGACACGGGGUCUGAGGAGUGGCGGCGGCUUCUGAACCUAGCGAGACACCCCCAGGUGUAUGUCAAGACUUCAGCCUUCUUCCGUGUAUCGCAGCAGCCCUACCCUCAUAAGGACUCCGUCGCGGCGCUGCGCACGCUGGCGGACGCGUUUGGUGCCCAGCGGCUGAUGUGGGGCACCGACUGGCCCUGGGUGCAGGAGCACGGCGGGUACUCCAAAGCAUGGGGCUUGCUGGAUGAGGCCGACCCCGCGUUUGACUCGUUGACCGAGGAGGAGCGGCGCUGGGUGAUGGGCGGCACGAUACAGGCCUUGUUCCCUGGCGCCUGGGCGGCAGAGAGCGUCGGCGGCACAUCCUAG